UCUCCCGGGCAACGCGUGGGUGGGGCGGGUGCGGCGCCACUUCCCGGAAGUCUGCUCGGGCUCCGCGAGGCGCCUGACCUGAGCGCCGGCCGGGCGGUGGGGGCGCUGCUCCCCGCGUCCCGGCCUCCCGCGCGCAGCCCUGCCCUCGCUAAAAUGGACCUACGCUCCCGCUUUGGCCAGACCUUGAGUCCGGGAGCCCCUCUGCGGGCCGGGCUAACGGCCCCUCGGGCCCGCACGCCCCACCUGGGCCUGCGAGGGCGGGCUACGACCCCUAACCCGACGCCACGUGCACCGGCCCGGCGGCGCGACGCCCGCUGACCUCCGCGGGUGUCGGGAGCCCCAGCAGUGCUUGUUCGCCCGGUCCGCAGAGCCAGGCUGCCGCUCCCAGUGUAUACCGGCUCUCGCUACAGACCGCCCGGACUCAGCCUGCUCUGCCCACCCCUGGGCUGCGCUUCCAGACGGGGCACUCCUGCCCACCCGCCACGCCCUGCCUGCCGCUGCUGGGCGCGUUCUCGUCCCUCAGCUUGACCCUGCAAGCCUGUGAUGAACCCCCUUGCCCACCUCUCCGCCAUCAUCUCAUGAGCUCCUAUGGCACCAUGUUUGCAAUUUCCUGGAAGCUCCCUGAUAACUUUGCUUCCUCUUGCUCUCAGUUCCUAUCAGCAGUCUGCCCUUGUGACCCCUCCCAACGAUGUUUGGCCUGGCCCACCCUCUCUCAGGGUCCUGUCUGUCCUGGCCUCUGCCCCCAGGGCUCGACUUGAUGUCUGCCUUUCCCUGGCCAGCAACCAUUUCCUGACAUUUGACCUCUCCUCUUCUCUAGGUCCCUCUUGGUAGGUCCAAGAAGGCAUCCGGCCCACAAGAAUGUCAUCCCCUUUGGAUACCCCCCCACACCUGUCCCCCAGGGACCCCGGAACCACUCGUGAGGAGCCAGAGUCUGCCCGUCUGCGCUUCCGGGGAUUCUGCUACCAGGAGGCAGCUGGGCCCAGAGAGGCCUUGGCCCAGCUCCGAGAACUGUGUCGCCAGUGGCUGCGGCCAGAGGCACACUCCAAGGAGCAGAUGCUGGAGCUGCUGGUGCUGGAGCAGUUCCUGGUCACUCUGCCUCCAGAGAUCCAGGCCUGGGUUCGAGGUCAGCAGCCUAGCAGCCCAGAAGAGGCCGCAGCCCUGGUUGAGGGGCUACAGCAUGACCCUGGGCAGCUGCUGGACUGGAUCACAGCCCACAUCUUGAAGCAGAAGGAGCUCCCUGCAGCCCAGAAGGAAGAGUCCUUGGGGAACCCUCAUUCCUCAGGGAUAAUGGAGCCACCUGGGUCAGCCCUUGGAGAGGGUCCUCAGGACUCUGGGAUGGAGGAACCUGGCCAGCUCAGUUGCAGUGUGAAGGAGGAGCCCGAUGCUGAUGUGCAGGAGAUGGCACCCCCCAGCUCCAUGUCGCUAGCCCAGUCUCCUGAGGAGCACCUUAGACACCAAGAACCGGCCUCCAUACCCUCCAACCCACCCAGCAUUCAGGAGCAGUGGGGGCUCCUGGAUCCCUCGCAGAAGGAGCUGUACUGGAACGCCAUGCUGGAGAAGUACGGCACUGUGGUCUCCCUGGGUGAGGACGGUCUGCCCCCGGAGGUUGGGCUCCUACCGCGCCAGCUUGCCCCCUGUCCAGCCGCUCUCCCUCCUUCCUUCCGGAGGGGCUCCUUGUCACCGCGCACGCACCGGGGCGGGCCCAGCGCGCGGCCGCCCUCGCCGGCCAGGGCCGCGGAGGAGCAGGGGCCUCGGGAGCAGGCCGCCCUGCGCUCCCCGCGGCGCGGGCCGGGCCCCCGGAGCUACGAGUGCGAGGAGUGCGGGCGCGGCUUCAGCUGGAAGUCGCAGCUGGUCAUCCACCGCAAGAGCCACACGGGUCAGCGGCGCCAUUGCUGCAGGGACUGCGGCCGCGGCUUCGACUGGAAGUCCCAACUGGUCAUCCACCGCAAGAGCCACCGGCCUGAGGCCCCCUGAACCUCGAGAAUGCAGCGGGAGAACUCAGCCGCAGCGCCGGGGCCUGGCAGUCUGAUGGACCUUGGUGCGGGACCCUGUGUGCAGCUCCAGCCCAGGCCUGGCCGCCCCCAGAAGGCUAGCGGAGAUGCAGGAAAGCAGCACCCCCUCCGCUGUCUUCUGGAGCGACUGGGGGGUUCCAGCCCACAGCUGACUGGUGACUGCCCAGUUCUGGCUCCCACUAUGACGGGGACAGGCCAUGACACUGUUUCUGGGCCCUCGCCCAGGUGGGUAUCCUAAAUCUGCCUUCUUCCUCCCUUCAGUGUCCAACCUGAGUGAGGUCUUGCUGGGAAGUCCCCAGAAACCCAGGAAAGCAUGGCUGGCUUGUUUGUCAUGUGACCCUUGGGCCUCCAUGUGUAUUUUAGAUUUUCAAUAUGAAUUAUUUUAUAAUGGGAAA